UCGAUAGUAAUAAAUUUUCUUCAACACGAUUCAUUUUGGUUGAAUUGAUUUGAAGAAUUUUAAUUUCAAUAUAUAAAUUCACCAAUCAUGAAUCUUGAAUUGCUUGAACAAUUUGGACAAAAUUAUCCAGAAGAAUUUGACGGUGUUCUUGAUUGUUUUGCAACAGCUACAAGUGUUGCUUUUAACCGAAGAGGUUCCGUGUUGGCUGUAGGUUGUAACGAUGGCCUUGUUUUCAUCUGGGAUUUUUUGACUCGCGGUGUGGCCAAAAUGAUUACAGCACACGUUUUACCGGUUACUUCAUUAUCUUGGUCUCGAAACGGGAAACUAUUAGCAACUUCUUCCAACGAUUGUUAUGUUUACGUUUGGGAUGUUUUAAAAUCUCAACCAAUCAUUAGAUGGCAUCUCAACACUUGUGUUUCAUCUGUCCAGUUUUCUCCACGAAAUCAUCAUAUUCUCCUCAUACAUUCAAUGAAGCAACCAUCUCAUUUGGUUCAAUAUCAAAUUUCGCCAGACGGUACAGCAAAAUCAAUCGCCCAUUCAAAAAUACCUCAUGAUGAAGAAUCCGAAUUCGAUGUAGUUUCUUCAUUUGAUCGAAGAGGUGAAUACGUGUUUUCUGGCAACACCAAAGGUCGAAUACAAGUAAUUCGUUUGGAAAAGGGUAGCAUCAAUUUUUCUGUCGUCACAUCCUUCAGAGUUUCCAAUACUGCAAUCAAACAAAUAGAGUUCGCGCCUAAAAAUAAAAACAUCUUUUUGGUCAAUAGUGCCGAUCGAAUCAUUCGAGUUUACGAUUCAGCUAUUAUACUUGCUAAUGACCCAGCUAAUACCAAAAGCCGUAAAGGAAAUAAUAUUGUGGCGGGAAAUGAUUCAAAACUUGAUCCAGAGCCUAUUCAAAAAUUACAGGACUUAGUUAAUAGGACAACCUGGAAGAAAUGUUGUUUUUCCGGUGGAACCGAGUCUGAUUACAUUUGUGCCGGUUCUUCUCGGCAAAAUUCUUUGUACAUUUGGGAACGUAAUGUCGGAACUCUAUUGAAGAUUUUACAUGGCACUAAAGGAGAAGUUGUCUGCGAUGUAAUAUGGCAUCCAAUACGACCGGUAAUUGUUUCCAUUGCAAGUGGAGUUGUAUCUAUUUGGUCUCAAGCUCAAAUUGAAAACUGGUCUGCAUUUGCUCCCGAUUUCAAAGAAUUAGAAGAAAACAUUGAAUACGAAGAAAAAGAAUCCGAAUUCGAUGAUUAUGAUGAAGAUAAAGAAGAUCCUAACAAAGAUAUGGGUGCCACAGACGAAGAAGAUGCCGUAAUCGAUGUUGUCACUCCACACAGUAAUGAUGUAUUCCUUAGCAGUGAUGAAGAACAAGAAGAUCGUGAUGCAUUGGUAUAUUUUCCCAUCUCAGUUGAUAUGGAGAAUGUGGAAUUAGAUGCGGGCGAAGAAAACUUUUUCGAUGAAACAGUGCUUUCCAAUGUUUCGAAUAUUGAGAAUAAUCAUCGAGAACAUAGGCGACAAACGAUGACUCGUUCUGAUGUUUCAAACAUUGAUCGUAAUAAUGUCUGUACAGUUCAAAUUUGAACCAAAUAAUCACGAAAAAUUGUUAGAAACACUUAUCAUUACAUAACUUUUGUAUCUAAAUGAACGUAUUCAUAUAAACAUUAAUUCACGUAUAAAACAUUGAAUAAUAAAAUUAAAAAAAAAAUUCUGAUCAA